CGUCCCGUCGUACGUUUAACUAACAAAUAACAAAUAACAAACAGCUCCGUAUCAAGUAAAGAAAACAAACAAAAAAAAUCUGACAUAAAAACAGCAGCAAUGAAGGAGGAGGCGCGCUUUUUUCUCUGGCUGCAACUUUUCACGGCUUGUCUGGUGUUUGCACAAAACGGUGAUCACUGUGAGGUGAAUGUGUGCAGUAAUGGCGGCACCUGCAUGAUCGGGGCAGGAAGUCGGUUCAUCUGUCUCUGCCCAGACGGCUUCUCUGGAGACACCUGCAACGAGACUGAGACUGGGCCCUGCAACCCUAACCCAUGCAAGAACGAUGCCACCUGCGAGUUGACCGGCCAUUCCCGCCGAGGCGACGUCUUCAGCGAGUACGUCUGCAAGUGCCAGCCGGGUUUUGAGGGAGUUUACUGCCAGAACAGUGUCCAAGGGGCAGAUUUAAGCUCUGAAAAAGAUGUGAAUGACUGCGCUGGCCAGCCAUGUGAGAACGGAGGCACCUGCAGGGACCUGGAGGGAGACUUUAAAUGCCACUGUCCUUCCCCUUAUGUGGGCAAACAUUGCCAACUGCGCUGUAUUUCCUUACUCGGCAUGGAGGGAGGGGGCAUCGCUGAGUCCCAGAUCUCAGCCUCCUCGGUCCGCUACAGCCUGCUUGGCCUGCAGCGCUGGGGCCCUGAGCUUGCACGCCUCAACCACAAGGGACUGGUCAAUGCCUGGAGCGCUGCAGCACAUGACAGGAACCCUUGGAUCCAGCUCAACCUGCAGAGGAAGAUGCGCUUCACAGGUAUCGUGACACAGGGUGCCAGUCGCAUGGGGACCGCUGAAUUCAUCAAGGCCUUUAAGGUGGCAUCCAGCCUGGAUGGCAAGAUAUACACCGUGUACAGAACUGAAGGAGAGAGGAAGGACCAUGUAUUUGCGGGAAAUGUCGAUAACGACGGUACCAAGACCAACCUGUUUGACCCUCCAAUCAUUGCUCAGCACAUCCGCAUCAUCCCUGUAGUGUGUCGCAAGGCCUGCACUCUGCGCAUGGAGCUGGUCGGCUGUGAGCUCAACGGUUGUUCAGAGCCGAUGGGCAUGAAGUCCCGGUUGGUGUCUAACCGCCAGAUCACGGCCUCCAGCACCUUCCGCACCUGGGGCAUCGAGGCCUUCACCUGGCACCCUCACUACGCCCGUCUGGACAAACAGGGCAAGACCAACGCCUGGACUGCCGCCACCAACAACAGAUCUGAGUGGCUGCAGGUGGACCUGCAGUCUCCCAAGAAGGUCACAGGAAUCAUCACACAGGGGGCCAAAGACUUCGGCUCCAUCCAGUUUGUCACAGCCUUCAAAAUGGCUCACAGCGAUGACGGGAAGUUCUGGACCAUAGUGAAGGAUGAGACCACAAAGACAGACAAGAUUUUUCCAGGCAACAGCGACAACAACGUCCACAAAAAGAACAUCUUUGAGCCGCCGUUCUACGGCCGAUACGUCCGCAUCCUGCCGUGGGAGUGGCACGAGCGCAUCACCCUGCGAAUUGAGCUUCUGGGCUGUGCCGAGUAGCGCCACCCUUAAUGCACCUCCCCCACCUCCACCUCCUCCUCCUCCUCUCUCUACCUCCUCCCCCCUUCCCUCCUCCUCUUCUUUCCCUCCCUCUCCUCCUCCUCCUGAGCCACACCUGCACUGCCUUGCUCUCAGCCCUAGGGGGCAGCAAACACCAGAGUAGCACACCGCCACCCAAACCCUUGCUGGUUGGAGGUGGGACGUGUUCCCCCUGACCACUGUUACCAGGGCAAUAACUGGGUUAAAGUCAUUUGUGUCCUCGCUUUAUUAAUUUCCUGAACUGAUCUCUCAUCUCAUCUACCUGAACCAGAUGAGAGAUCACUUCAAGAAAUAAAUAAAUACAAACGGGCAGCAUAUCUUCUGUUUAACUAAGCAGAGUUGGGGUCAGAUCUUUUCCCACCUGCUGGCUAAACCACAGUUGGUGAAUCCCUCCUCCCUGUGUCAGAGGUCAGGGGUAACAGGACUGCUGCUGUAUCAGUUGGUGCUGCCUAAACUCUGAUCCUAGAUCAGCUCUACCUGGAACGUCAAACCUCCAAGACCCAUGGCUGGUGAUGUACAUAAGCUCCUCUACACAGCUUCACACGUCCUAUAACCAAACCCUUCAUCUCCCCUCGAGACACACACAGAACACACAGAAUAUAUUUUAUCUUUAAAGACGACAUCAAUACUCGUGGUUGAUUUCAUUUUUCUUCAUCAAAAAAGUGAAUCUUUAUAAGCUGCUUAAAGUCAUGUAUUUACAAGAUAGCUAAAAAAAACAAUUUGCAGCCAAUUUUGAAGUAGUUUUUCUGUUUGUUGUGGAAAAAUAACUAAACUAAAAAUAAAACCUCAAGGUGUCCCACUGUGUGAGGUGCAGUACUUUCAGUGUUCCCUUGCAGUGGUUUCAUUCAGUACAUGAUUCCUACAGUGUGUUUGUUUGAGCUGCACACUGUAAGGAGUAAACACAGCGUUCACUUCAGUAAAAGUGAAACUUACAUUAUAUGUGCAGCAGCCAAUAACAGAGAGGAAAAUCCCCAAUUUUCCACAAAUCCUUAACUUUACUGAAACGCUACACAAGCUUUUUUUUUGUUGUUGUUUCGCCAAAUCAGAGUCAGGUCAUUUCGUUUCUGUGGCUUUAAUUAUGAAAAAAGUAGUUUAUGGCCAAGUCAUGCAGACACAAAGAGGACUCAAACACAGUACAUCUGUCAUUUCAUGUGUGACAUAAUCUUUCAAUGAAUCAUCACAGUCCCGUCAGUUUAGCGGCCAAACAGAUGUGAGCUCAAAGCCUGAGGAGACACGCCCUCACUGACAGACAGGAUGUUAAAAACAAAGGACGAAAAGAGCUGGAGAUCGUCGCUCAGUCAGAAUGAAAAGAGGCGCUUUUAUUGCUCUUGAGGAAACGAACGAUGAGCUGUUGACUGAGAUUUACACACACAGUUGUCAUUACCCGAAAAACACAGACGCCCUACUCAACAAGUCAUGUUUUUAAAGUCUAAAGUUACAAACUUAUUUCACCUUUUGGCAAAACAUGUUUUUUAGUUUCUGACGUAUUAAAUUAUCAAGAUAUCAACAUGAUCAUAUUAUAUAUUUUUACAUGUGGCGCUUUAUACGGUUUUUCAUGUUAUUGGCUGCUACAGCACAUGUGCAUCAUUUAUAAAAAAAAUUCACGUUUAAGCUUAAUAUUUAGUUAAUUAGUCUCGUCAUUUACAGGCCGUUUGAAGUCGAGUGAUUAUGGAAGGAACACUGUUGACAUACGUCUCAGCAUCUCUGCGAUUCUUCACAUCUGUAAAUCCAUUUUCUUCUUUAUCGUCGGUAUGACAAACUGCUAUCAGCGUAUCAUACAUCACACACACACGUGUUUUUUGCCAGAAUGACAGUAUUAAAUCUAUAUAAUAAUAAUACAAGACUUUAGACUAAAAAACUUGAACGUGCUCCGAGAGGCAGUUUAUGGUGCGAAUGCAUUUAUUAGUGAUGGGCUGUAGUGUGUAGGCUGCGUUAAUGAUGGAUGUUAUCGUCUCAGGUCACAGCAGAUCUGCUCCUGGUAUAAAUGAAAUGCUACUGAAAUGCUUAAAUGCGCGCGACAAAAUGUAAUGACACUCACUCGGCUGUGCUUCUAGUUGUGUUCACCCAGUUUCACUAUUUAAUUAUUAUGGCACUUUGGUGUUUGUGUUUUGACAUUUUGAAAAUAUCUGAAAACCAAAAAAAAAGCUAAAAAAAUGAAAAGGAACAGUAUUUGUGCAUUGAAGAACAAACAGUAAACAUUAAACAUAUUCAACAUCAUCACAUGUAGAGGUAAAAAAAAUAAUUAAAAAAAGAAAAGUUUCUUUUUCUUAGAUUAAACAAGAGUUCUGCUUUGGUUGUUUAGUGUUUGAAAAAAAGGCGACACACACACACAUAAAUAUAUAUAUAUAGAAUACUUUUAGUACUGGGUUGUGAGUUAGACGUUAACGUUCGCUGCAGACCGUCUAUUUUUAUUUUUGGGUCCAACAUUUUACGCCUCCAGUUGAAAGCUGCGGCCCCACUGAUAAGACCGUGAGAGAGAAACCAAAUUAAAACUGAUUUUCUACGGUUCCACUGGACAUGUGACAACGAGCCGCCACAUCAUCUGCUUCUGCCGCACCCCCGUCACAGUAUUAAAAAAAAAACAACCUUUCCAACCCCCCCCCCCUCCCUUUCACCCCCCCAUGAAUUAUGAAUUAUGGGCUUGUGCAAUAAUAUACUGUUUAGUUUUGAUAACAAUGAAUAUUAAAUUCAAGUGUAAGGGGGCAAGAUUUCUUUUUAAAACAUGCACGAGGGGUGCAGCAGUGCCACUUAAGAGGUCGGUGAUGGGUGUUGGUGUCAAACACUGUACAAUAUUUAUUAUUGUUGCAGACGAGUCCGCAAGAAGUCACCCUCGUUUAUCCGAGUCUGCAUGCAUUUUAUCGACUAGUGACGCUCAGUUUAAGUUAAACUCUUUUUUUGUUUCUUUUUUUUUUGUUAAAAGUGUUCAUCAACAUUCAAGUUAUUGUAGAUAUAUAUUGUUUCCCAGCUGUUCAGGUUUUCUAUGAUUGAGUUAAUUAAAACAUACAUAAAUAAUUGAUGAUAUUGAUGUGUUUUUACGGUAUUAUAUGAGUUCUUGCUAUACUGACUGUUGACCUCAUAGACUUUUUUGACUGGAUUUGAAGCCUUUUUUUUUUUUUCCUUUUUUUUAUUCCAGUAAUGUGUUUCUAAGAGGAAUCCUUUGUUUGGCCUUUGUAUCUUUUAAAAUGAAGAAUAAAUAAAGAAAUAAAUAAAAAAACCCUACAUUUGUAAUUGACUCCAAAUGCUUUGAAUUGCACGUGAUGAUACUGGGG